AUUAUUUCAAACUUUAUGUUCCCACGUGUUUUAAAUGUUUUAAAUAUUUUUAAAGUAUCAAGUACUUUCUAUUCUAGUGCCCACAGUUUACAUUCAGUGAAAUACUUCCAGUUCAACAAUCAGUAUCAAAAUGCCGAAAAAAAGAUUCAACUGGAAAUCUAGGGAGGUGAAAAGCACAGUUAUAGAUGAUUCGGAAACGAAAAAGUUGAAAGUAGAGAUAGAAGGUUCCGAACAUUAUGAUGAUGCUAAUCAGUUGGUAUUACCAUCGAAAAAGAGGAAUACGAAAACCAAGAGGCAGAAAAUAGAGACUGUGAGAAUACUGUCGAAAAAACAGCGAAAGCUUCUUGAGAAAAUUGUGGACAAGAAGAAGAAAAAGGAAAAUAGGAAAAAUAUUCUGGAGGAACUACAGAAAUAUCGAUUGCCUAAGGAAGAACAAGAUCAGCUGGUAUCAUUGUCAUCCCUUCAAACCAAAGGACUCAAGCGUAUAUUUUUGGAAGAAAAAAAAAUAAAUGCUCCCCCCAAAAAGCGAAAAACCCAUAACGAAGAAGAAAACAUUGUUGAGAAUGCCAAUAACCUUGUUAUAUUAGAUACUCCAAUUAAACAAGAUCCUAUUGUAAAAAAAAAAUAUGAUCCAAGUCAUCUAGGUCUAUCUGAUAAUGAACCAAGCGAUGAGGAUACCGAGUCAAGUGACGAUGAAGUUGAAGUUAAAGAUGAAAUUAUUGAAAGCCCCUUGCAAGAAGAAGACGUCCAAGAAAUAAAAGAGGAUGCCUCUGGUUCUAAAUCAGAAAUCAAUGAAAAAAAAGAUGAUGAUGUAGAGAUUGUUGGUGAAAUCCCAAAAAUUAUAUCAGUGAAAAAGGAGAGAAAACCUGCGGUGUAUGUUGAUGUGAUCAGGGACUCUAAAAUACAAGAGCAAAGGAUGAAACUUCCUAUUUUGGGAGAAGAACAGCACAUAAUGGAGGUGAUCAAUUCAAAUCCAAUUGUAAUAAUAUCUGGUGAAACUGGAAGUGGUAAAACAACACAACUACCUCAGUUUCUUUAUGAAGCUGGUUAUGCCUUAGAGAGGCAGAUUGGUAUAACUGAACCAAGGAGGAUUGCAGCUAUCUCCAUGUCGGAGAGGGUUGCAAAAGAGAUGAGCUUGAGCUCUAGAGAAGUAUCUUUCCUGAUCAGAUUUCAGGGUAAUGUAACAGAAGAUACCAAAAUCAAGUUCAUGACAGAUGGUGUUUUGUUGAAAGAGCUUCAGAGUGAUUUUUUGCUCAAUAAAUACAGUGUUAUUAUCUUGGAUGAAGCUCAUGAGAGAUCUCUGUACACAGAUUUGUUGGUUGGUCUUCUGGCAUGGAUUAUCAAACUACGCGAAAAGAGAAGUAUACCGUUGAAGCUCAUUAUCAUGUCGGCCACAUUACGCUUACAAGACUUCACUAACAACAGGAGACUCUUCAAAACUCUCCCUCCUGUAAUCAACGUAGAAAGCCGUCAGUUUCCGGUCACAGUCCAUUUCAACAGAAGAACCGAUGAUGAUUAUAUGAAAGAGGCAUUCAAGAAAACUGUGAAAAUCCAUUCCACCCUGCCUGAAGGUGGUAUACUGAUAUUUGUAACAGGACAACAGGAAGUUCAUCAGUUGGUGACUAAAUUGAAGAAAAAGUUCCCCUAUGUAGAGUCCAAGAAAAAGGCGGUACUAAAAGAAGAGGAUCAAGAAGAUGAGGAAGAUAUCUGGGAUGGUAAAAAGAAAAAGGGAAAGAAUAAAAAGAACAAAAUAAUCUUGCCACGAAUCAAUUUGGACGAUUAUAGCCUUCCGCGUGAUGCCGAAGUGAACUCCGACGAAGAAGACGCCUCCGACGUAGAGUCUGAGGAAGACGCGCAUGCGGACGAGACCGCUUGCCACGGACAGCCUUUGUGGGUGUUGCCUCUCUUCUCCAUGUUGCCGGUUCACAAGCAGAACAGGAUAUUCCAACCGGUUCCUUCGGGAUGCAGGUUAUGCGUGGUGAGCACCAACGUGGCCGAGACAAGUUUAACAAUUCCGGGUAUAAAAUACGUGGUGGAUACCGGGAAAACGAAAGCCAAAUUAUACGAUAAGGUCACCGGCGUGUCCACUUUUAAGAUUUGCUGGACAAGCAAAGCCUCGGCCGAUCAAAGGGCUGGGAGAGCAGGCAGAACCGGACCGGGGCACUGCUACAGACUCUAUUCCAGUGCCGUAUAUAACGAUACCUUCGUGAAUUUCGAAGAGCCGGAGAUACGAAGGGCCCCCUUGGACGAUCUUAUAUUAAGAAUGCGAAGCAUGAAGAUCACGUCCAUCUUGAACUUCCCCUUCCCCACCGCUCCAGACCUGCUGCAGAUGAAGGUCGCCGAAACUAGGCUCAAGAUCCUCGGUUUACUAGAUGAACACACAGGCAAGAUCACCAAACUGGGGAAACAUGUGUCCAAGUUCCCCCUGUCACCCAGGUUCGGCAAGAUGCUGGCGCUCAGCUUCCAGCAGGACAUCGUCCCCUACACCAUAAUGCUGGUGGCGGCGUUGUCGGUGCCCCAGCUGCUGUUAGAGGGAUCGGGUGAGACGAAGGGAGCCGAAGGCGGUCGCAGCGACGCCGAGAAGUGGGCGGCAACGCGGGCGAAAUGGGCGGGAACGGGUAAUUCGUAUCUGCUGGGCGACAACAUGGUACUGUUGGCGAGCGUCGGCACGGCGGAGGUGGCCCACGCCCAGGGCAAGCUGGAGGCGUUCUGUUUCGAGAACGGCAUCAGACAGAAGGCGCUGUCCGAGGUGCGUAAGUUGAGGGUGCAGUUGACCAACGAGAUCAACACUAACCUCCCGGAGGCAGAUUUGACGGUCGACCCUAAACUGCCGCCGCCUACCGAUCAUCAAGCCAAGAUGUUGCGUCAGAUUUUGUUGCUGGGUUUGGGGGAUCAGUUGGCAAGAAAAGUGACGAUAGAUGAGGUACCUACUGGAGAAUCAAAGACAAAGUAUAAAUAUGCAUACCGAGUGGGCAACAUGGAGGAUCUAGUAUAUCUCCAGAAAAGCUCUGUCCUUCGCAGGACGGUUCCAGAAUGGGUCAUAUUUAUGGAACUUUACGAAACCAAUAGAGUAUAUAUGCGUGGAGUGACAGCCGUGGAAGUGGAGUGGCUGCCACUCUAUUUCACACAUAUAUGUCAACUCAAGACCCCCGACAAUGGAAUAUAUGAAGAUGGUAAAGUGAUGUGCUUCGUGGAUGGUACAUUCGGCACACAAGCAUGGCCGUUGAGGGGCGUCAAAAUGGAAUUUCCCGAACUAGAAGAAGGCUACAGAUGGUUCGGCAAGUUUCUGCUCGAGGGAGAAGUUUUCGAGGAGUUGAAAAAGUUCUCUACGCAGCUAUUGAGUGCGCCCGCCAUGAUGACGAAAAAAUACUCGAGGUUGCAGCCGAGAACUAACGCCCUCACGAAAGCGCUGAUAGCCAGGAAGGUUAGGAGGAAAGAAACUUUGCUGCAGGCGUGGGAACAGAGUCCUAGUUAUUUAUUGGAGGAAUACUUGCAAUGGAUUCCGCAAGCACUGCAGGCGGAAGUUACAACUAUUUGGCCUCCAUCUCUGUAGAUAUUUUUCAGUUAAGCAAAGCACAUUAAGGGUGUUAUAUCCGUUCUCCCGAAACGUGAAUUCCGUUAGAUGGCACUAUAUGAAAAUUUGUUUAACUGAACAUACUUACGUCCCACCAAGACAAUAGCUCCACCCACUUUUUUCGCUGACAUUUUGCCUGAGGGAACAGUAAGCGAAGGAUAGUUGAGUUUAUGUCUUUAUUAUCCCUAAUAAAAGGGUCUACUAAAGAUUUGGUUUCUUUGGAAUCACUUCCACUUAUAGGAGUUUUAGCUCGAUGUAAGUGACAGAAACGCGGAAAUAAAUAUUGUUGAAAAUCGAAAAAUUCUCAAUUGAGCUCUGGUACGGAAGGACCUGAAAGGACAUUUCAUUGCAUCAGCUAAUGAUGCUUCAGGAUCGAAAAAGAACAGAAAUAUCUUGUAUAAUAAUCUUGUAUAUAAUUUGUAUAGUGAUACAAAUAAGCAGGCCCUGAAUUAAUGAUUAUUAUAGCUGUGAUGAUAGUGAAUAGGUAUAAUUAUUUAGAAACUGAUAAUCUGUGAAAAAAGAACUGUAUGAAAUUCUAAAUAUAUAAUUUUCAGAAUUA